AUGGAGAGAAGCCUUCUUGCGUUCUUCAUCAUCUUCCUCUCUUUCUCGGCUUCCUCUUGCUCAGCUUAUUUCUCCGGCGAUGUCAACCCGGUUGAGGAUCUGGCUGUAGCCCCGGUCGGCGGAGCUAGAGUCUACAUCGUGACUGUGACAUGGCACAAGGGUCUGAAUACAAAACAGUCUGCCAUUGAAACUCUGACCUCUGUUCUGGGCAGUGAGGAAGCUGCUCAAAAGGCCUUGGUGUACGUCUACGACUAUGUGUUCCCUGGUUUUGCUGCAAAACUCACUCCUAGUGAGGCUUUCAAACUAGAGAAGCAACCUGGAAUUCUUCAAGUCAUUCCAGAUACCACAUACCAUUUGAUGUGGAUGUAUUGA